AUGAGUAGCGAAUUCUUAGCGGAGCUGCAAUGGGAAGACGGAUUUGCCAUCCCUGUGGCGAAUGAAGAGAACAAACAGCUGGAAGAGCAGUUGUCAAAGCUUCAGAAUGAAAGGUCCACUUUGAAAGAUCAGCUCCGUGACUAUGAAGAGCGAAUCAGUGCUAUGACGUCACAUUUUAAAAAUGUUAACCAAGAGCUUGCCUUUACUCAGUCUCUUUGCAAAGCCAGGGAGCAUGAGAUUGAAAGUGAAGAACAUUUUAAAGCUAUUGCGGAAAGAGAACUGGGACGAAUGACGAGUGAAAUUCAGCAACUGAAAAAUGAGGUGGCUUCAAUACAAGGACAGAAAAAUGAUAAGGAAAACAGCAUAUUUAAAAUAACUCAAAAAUUGGAUGGUUUGAAAUGUCAAAUGAACUGGGAUCAGCAAGCACUGGAGGCCUGGUUAGAAGAAUCUGCUCUUAAAGACAGUGAUACCAUCACUUUGCAGAAGUAUGCACAACAAGAUGAUAAUAAAAUCAGGGCACUGAAUCUACAAUUAGAAAGACUGACUUUGGAAUGUAAUCAGAAAAGAAAAGUACUUGACAAUGAACUUACAGAGACUCUAAGUGCACAGUUAGAAUUGGAUAAAGCAGCACAAGAUUUUCGCAAGAUACACAAUGAAAGACAAGAAAUCAUUAAGCAAUGGGAGAACACAAUACAACAGAUGAAGAAAAGGGACCAAGACAUAGACAACUGUGCCCUGGAAUUAUCAAUAAUAAAGCAGGAGAUAAGAGAAAAAGAAAAUUUUGUUAAGGAAAAGAUCAAAUUUUUGGAGAAUGAGAUUGGGAAUAACACAGAGUAUGAGAAAAGAAUUUCCGCUGCUGAACGUAAAGUGCUGAAAUGUAGAAGAGACUAUCAGCACAGUGAAGCUAAUAAAACUCAGCUGAAAGAUGAGCUGGAUUAUUUAAAAGCCACUGUGAAUAGAAGUUCCUCUGAUUUAGAAGCUUUGAGGAGAAACAUUUCCAAAAUAAAGAAAGAUACUUCUGAAGAAACCAAAAGGUUAAACCAGAUUAAAUCUAAGAAUCAGAAUCUAAAAAGGAAAUUAAAUCAAAUCACUGAGAAAACCAUGACAACAGAAGAGAAAGCUACAAAUAUGGAAGACAUGUUACGAGAAGAGGAAAAAAGUGUAAAGGAAGUGGAUGUUCAAUUGAACUUAGUAAAAGAAGCACUAUUUAAGAAAGUUCAGAAAUUACAGACUGAGACAAUAAAAGAGAAAUCUCUUAUAUCAGAAAUUGAAGGAACUCGUUCCUCUCUAAAGCACCUCAACCGUCAAUUAUAUAAACUGGAUUUUGAAACUUUGAAGCAACAAGAAAUUAUAUACAAUCAGGACUUCUACAUCCAGCAAGUGGAGCGGCGAAUGUCACGCUUAAAGGGAGACAUUAAUUCUGAAGAAAAACACGUCCUUGAAACAAAAAUUGUUGAACUUAAAAAGACAUUGGAAGAAAAGCAGUCUACAUGUAACAUUUUAGAAACACAGAUCAAGAAUCUUCACAAUGACCUAUAUUUUAUCAAGAAGUCAAACAGCAAAGAUUGUGAUGAAAAAGAAUCUCUCAAGACCAAAAUAAAUGAACUAAAUCUUUUCAUGGAAAGAUCAGAGAAGGAAUUGAAAAAAGCCAACACUUAUAAACAGGAUUUGAUGAUAGAAGACAACUUUUUAAAACUUGAAGUCAAACGUACUCGAGAAAUGCUUCACAGUAAAGCAGAAGAAGUUCUUUCCCUGGAAAAAAGAAAACAGCAGUUACACACGGCCAUGGAAGAACGAACAGAAGAAAUUAAGGUUCACAAAGCAAUGCUUACCGCCCAAAUAAGAUGUGUUGAUCAAGAACGGCAAAAAAUAAGUGCUGAGUAUCAUGACCGGCUAAGUAAAAUUAACAAGUUGAAGAACAGAUAUGGAAUUCUUACUGUGGUCAUGCAGCCUCCUGAAGGAGAAGAGAAAACACAAGCAUAUUAUGUCCUAAAGGCUUCUCAAGAAAGAGAAGAACUUCAAAGAGAAGGUGAUAGUUUGGAUGCUAAGAUUGAUAAAGCUGAAAAAGAAAUCUAUGCUCUGGAAAACACCUUGCAAGUGUUGAACAAUUGCAACAAUAAUUAUAAACAAUCUUUUAAGAAAGUGACUCCAUCUAGUGAGGAGUAUGAGCAAAAAAUCCAACUAGAAGAACAAAAAAGAGCUAUUGAAGAAAAAUACAGAUAUAAACAAAGACAAAUCCAAGAAGUUCAGGAAGAUAUCCAGAGCAUGGAAAAUACUUUAGACGUUAUGGAACAUUUAACAAAUAAUAUUAAAGAAAAAUUAUUGGAGAAGCAGUCUUAUUCAAGUCAGCUAAAUAAAGACAUUGAUGAUCAGAAGCCAAAAUUGGACAGAGUAACUAAACAGUGUUCAAAACUCACCAAGGAAAUCCGUGUUAUGAAAAAGUCUCUAAAGGAAGUGCUAGAAGAAAAAGACAUCAAACUUCGUGAAGUGAAACAGUUUCACAAGAUGAUUGAUAAAAUGUUAGUUGAUGUUACAGAAGAAAAUCCUGAUAUUCGUAUAAUCCUUCAAACAUACUUUCAACAGAGUGGUUUAGAACUACCGACAGUUAGUGCUAAAAGCAGUCGCCAGAGUUCCAGGUCUUCACAGUCAUCACUGCUGUCAGACAGGUAA